CCCCUCUGCCGCCAUUGAUGACACCGCCAUGUCAUCACCGACUGACGAGGGUUCUGACAAACUUCGACGGGCUUAUUCUGCUGCUUUGCUUCAGAUUUCGCACAAUUUGGAAAAAAUUCAGCAGGACGAGCUUCGUUUCUACUGUUCUGGACUGAUACCGACGGAAGUUGAAGGCUCUUUAAACAUUUUUCGUUCACUAGAAUAUGUGGGUAAAAUUUCCAGGGCCGACGUUAAUUUUUUGAAAGACGCUUUAAGCGCAAUUAAGAGGUUGGAUCUUGUCAAACAGUUAAAGACGUUUGAAGUUAGACGUGAUCUAACUAUUCUCCUGGAUUUCUACGCGAGAAAGAGACUAGAACUUGAUCUUCCUUACGUUUCUCCCACGGUGAAAACCAUCGCACGUCAUUUGUUGACAGUCGUGACGGAAAACGAAAGCGAGAGAUGCAGAUUUGACGCUGCAAGAAUGAGAACACUGGUGGAAUCGAAAAGGAACAUUCAGGAGAUCUUCGAGGAAGAAGUUGAUUCGCGAAGUGGAUUGAAAUCAUCGUGGAGUAAACUGACCAUGCUCGUGAUAAUUGCAGGAGAAAUCAUCGUGGCAGCGCAAGCUUCCAGAAGCGACGAGAUACACAGGAAUGAAAUGCUACAGCAGUGUUUCAGUUUGACCGACAAGCUUAGCUCCAGGAUGCUGGAUCUAGGCAGCUG